GGAACAUCUUAAACGACACGUAGGAACCAAAACAAAACAAUUUGUGGACACAAACAACAUGGAUUCGAAGGCUGCGGAAUCUGUGUUCUUAUCAAAAGAACAAAUUACCAAGAUAUUGAGCGAAACGCCAGCGGGAUUUAUAAGGCCCACGGACCCACCGUCACCAGGCCUGCCGCCUUUCAAGAAACUAGGAGUUCUGGUGGAAAUUGAUGACAUCGUGGGCGACCAGGACAAGGCGGCGAAAAUCAGUGACAAGGAGCAAUCCUAUAGUUGCGCAGAAUGUCGCAGGAUGUUGCCCACGGCGCAUUUGCUGGAUUUGCACAUCACCGAACAGCACGAUUUCUACUUCGCCGCCAGCGUGGAUCGCGGGGACAAGCCCAUGUUUGCCUGCUUCCUGGAGGAGUGCACCACCAAGUUCCAUUCUCCUCGACAGCGCAAGGAUCACUGCAUUGUGGUGCACAAGUUUCCGGCCAACUAUCGGUUCGAUCAGGGCAAGGAUAAGCCAAAGGAGAAGCGUAAACCCAAAAGCAAACCCAAUGCCAUGGAUGUGGACGAGGUGCCUGGGGAGAACAGAGGGCUGCCCUACAUCAAGGCCUUCAGUUUUGGCCACCAAACGCACAGGACUUUCUACACUCGCAAGGCCCAAAAGUCUGGCGAAACCCUCGAGAAUGUCCAAUCCAUGAAGGACGCCAUCAACGAUAUCCUGGAUUAGGUAUACAGAUACAACUAUUUAUUUAGCGAAUGAAGCAGCAUUAUCAUUAUCCUGGUACAACUACAUUAGUCUGUUAGCGGAAACAUCGCAGAUCAUUUUGCCUUAGCACUGGGCCUGUAAAUAAAAUUGAGUUUUGUUGUUGAUUCCCAAUCCCAAAUUGC